AAGAGAGUGAGACAGUAACAGACUGAGACUAAGGGCGUUGUCGCUUAAACGUGUUUUUUAAGUACCACAAACAAGCAUGGCAGUGUGGGAUCUGUCCAUCUGUGUAGAGGAACUGGGGCCAGAAGCGCCUCCUCUUAAAAUCAGUGUCACAUCUGAGCUUCAUAUUGGAGGAGUUAUUCUGAAAGUGGUGGAAAAAACACAAAUAAAGACAGACUGGUCGGACCAUGCUCUGUGGUGGGAGCAGAAGCAGCAGUGGCUACUCAAGCCAACAUGGACACUGGAUAAAUAUGGGAUUCAUGCCGAUGCCCGCCUCCUCCUAACACCCCAACACAAGCCUCUGAAGCUUGGCAUGCCAAAUGGUUCCACAAUCAGCAUCCGUGCCUGCUUCUCCAGCCCAAUGAUUCGCUCUGUGAUGGGCAUCUGCAAACUGCUCAAUAUUCGUCAUCCGGAAGAACUUUCACUUCUCAAGCCAGUGGAAGAGAAAAAGAAAAAGAAACAGAAGGAUGAUGAUGAAGAAGUGUAUGAUGUCACUUUUGCACCAUUGCCCACAGCUUUUAUUACCAAGUUGGCCAAUGGAAUGCCGGCAUUUUUUGCUGAAUCUCCUCAGACAGAGAAAGCAUACAAGAUGCUUUCAGUAAGCCAGCCAGCUCCCUCCCCCGAGACCAUUGCUAAGAUGUACCGUCCCACCAGCAAGGUGGACAAAGCACAAGUUAACAGCAGGUGGCUUGACUCGUCACGCUCUCUUCUGCAGCAGGGCAUCAAGGAGAAUGAUAAACUCUUCUUGCGCUUUAAAUAUUACACCUUUUUCGACAUUGCUCCUCAGUUGGACGCUGUGCGUUUAACUCAGCUGUAUGAGCAAGCCAAAUGGGCCAUUCUGCUGGAAGAGAUUGACUGCACGGAGGAAGAGAUGAUGCUUUUCGCAGCCUUACAGUACCACAUAGGGAAAGUUUCCCAGACAGAGCAGCUGGUAGAUUCUUGUCCAGCUAUGGAUGAUUUGGACUCAGCUUUGCAAUGCCUGGAGGUCAAGUUAGAGUCAGAGAGCAGCGCAGAGGAGAUGUUGGACACAAUGCUGGCACCUGAGCUGCAUGACUAUUUGAAGAUUUUCAGACCAAAGAAGCAGACGCUAAAGAAAUACAAGCAGUUCUGGUUCACUUUUAAGGACACAUCUUUUAUGUACUAUAAGAGCAAAGAGGAGAGCUGCAAAGAACCUAUUCAGGAAAUGAACCUCAGAGGUUGCGAGGUGACCCCCGACGUGAGUGUUGCCACCCAGAAGUUCUGUAUCAAACUCCUGAUUCCUGAACCGGACGGCAUGAACGAGGUCUACCUGCGCUGUGACAACGAGCAGCAGUACAGCAAAUGGAUGGCCGCAUGCCGUUUGGCCUCUAAGGGAAAGACCUUGGCUGACAGCUCUUACUCCAGUGAAGUCCAAAGCAUUGAGUCCUUCCUGGCCAUGCAAAAGACCACGGGCAAUAAGGCGGCCCAGAACGACGAGAGCAUCAACACACACAGCCUCGUGUCUCCCCGCUAUCAGAAGAAAUAUAAGCCCAAGCAGCUGGCUCCUCGAAUUCUAGAGGCCUAUCAGAACAUAGCACAGCUCUCCCUAACAGAUGCCAUACAAAAGUUUCUGCAGAUCUGGCAAGCCCUGCCAGACUUUGGCCUCUCCUAUUUCGUAGUCAGGUUUAAAGGGUGUCGUAAAGAUGAGGUGCUGGGUAUCGCUAAUAACAGGCUGAUCCGCAUCGACUUGAACACGGACGAAGUUGUGAAGACAUGGAGGUACAACACGAUGAAACAGUGGAACGUUAACUGGGAUAUUAAACAGGUCGCCAUCGAGUUCAACGGGAACGUGAACGUGGCCUUCACCUGUGUGACGGCAAACUGUAAAAUCGUCCAUGAGUACAUCGGCGGCUACAUCUUCAUGUCGACGCGGAACCGAGAGCAAAACGACACCCUGAAUGAGGAGCUCUUCCACAAACUGACAGGAGGCCAUGAAGCUCUCUAAGACAUCCUGGGUGAGAGAAAUGGGACUGAACAAAACCCCAAACAUCAGGAAACAGGUGUUCUAACCAAAACGACGGUUGGAACAUUGUUGUGAAGGACUAUCCACAGUUAUAUCUGCAUCUUAAAAACAUGGCUAUAGCUUUACACAAAGGCAGUACGUGUAUCCAUGCUAAAACUGAUCAGUGCUGUAUUCUAGGGUUUCAAUGUUUAUGUGUGACCUUUAUAAACUGACAACACUAUUCAUUGCAUUUAGAUAGACGCAGGCUAUACAGUAUCAGUCUUUUAUAGCUAGUCAUGUUUACAUACACUUGUAAGGGACUCUCAUGGCAUUCUGCUGGGUCAGAAAUACAGCAUAUACAGUCCAAAUUAUUCUAUUAAUUUAAUUAAUAGUAACGAACGUGCUAUAAUGUCAUUGGACUUUGUGGCAUGGCGUUCUAAUUCCUUCUUGGUGAUUAGGAUGGAAAGCUGGUGACUUAUUCGUGCCCAUCAAAAUAGAACUAGUUAAAAAGUACAUGCAACACUGGUCUAUCCAUCAAGAUAAGAGAACAUUUAUCUUUAUGGUCAGCUGUAGAAGGUGGCACUCAUCAAAUCUUGACAGGCAUCAAAAGUCUUGCUUAUACAUAUAUAAUAUAUAUAUUGCCCUAUUCCCCUAUUUUUCUUAGAUCCCCCCCCCCAAUUUUCUCCCCUAAUUUAGUCGUAUCUAAUCACCCUGGUUGCGUUAUGCUUCACCUCUACCGAUACAACCCUCCACUGCUGACUGAGGAGCUACGCAACUGACACACGCCCCCUCCGACACGUGAUCAGUACCGACUGCCUCUUUUCACAUUAUUCCCCAACUCUGUGCAGGCGCCAUCAAUCAGCCAGCAGAGGUCGUAAUUGCACCAGUUAUGAGGAACCCUGGUCUGGCUUUUCCAUCCCAACAGCCAAUCGUUGUUCAUGUGGCCGGAUGGCAGAGCUGAGAUUCGAUACGAUGUAUUCGAAAUCCCAGCUUUUGUGUGUGCAGCAGUUGCUAGCAGGGUGCUGGAGCCUAUCCCAGCCUUUCAAUGGGCACAAGGCAAACAGUAACACCCUGGACGGGACGCCAGUCCAUCGCAGGGCAGACAGACACAUACAUACACUCACCCAUUCACUUAUAGGGCAAUUCAGUGUCUCCAAUUAACCUGAUUGCAUGUUUUUGGACUGUGUGAGGAAACCGGAGCUCCUGGAGGUAACCCACACAGACAAACUCCGCACAGAAAGGACCCGGACCGCCCCGUCUGAAGAUGGAACCCAGGGCCUUCUUGCUGUGAGGCGACAGUGCUACCCACCGACCCACCGUGCCACCGUGCCGAUAGAAGUAUAAUAGAAUAAAAAUCAUCCAGUUAGCAAAAUUAGGCUUUUUUUUCAGAAUCCUUGAACUGACAUGCAUGUCCCAUACAGGUGUACGUAAACCUUUAAGCCUAACUGUUAAUGUCAGCUUUAGGUCACUUUUUCAUUACAAUCAUGAACGUGUUGUAAACAUUUAAACAUGAAUAAAACUUGAAAUUGCA